CUCGUAGCGUCCAACACGUUUACAGUCUCAACCGUAAGUCAUCGGAACACAUCGACGGCUCCUAGUUGCAUCACUUCUAAUCUCAGAGCAUCCAGUUUUUUUUUUUGCGAAGUUCUAUCUUUACUGGGAGGCAUUUCCUUUUGUUCCUUAAACGACAAGCACGAUGAAAAAAUCUACGCUUGAUAACCUUUCUGUUUUUCUUGCCGAGCUGAUUGGCACAGGACUGUUGGUGAUGUUAGGAUGCAUGGGAUGUGUGUCCGGACUUGGUCAUACACCUUCCCACUUUGAACUGUGCAUUAACUUUGGAUUAAUAGUGAUGAUCAUCGUACAAAUAUUUGGAUGUGUAUCUGGAUCUCACCUUAACCCUGCCGUUACGGCAGCUGCAUGGGUUUACGAGUUGGUUUCAACCAAGAUGGCUCUAGCUUAUGGUGCAGCACAAUGUAUCGGUGCUUUCAUGGGCUACGGAAUUCUCAAACUGCUGACGCCUGCAUCUGUGUUUGACGUCGCUCUUGAAAAAGGAGCAGGAUUCUGCGUAACACAGCCGAACAGUGCUGUCUCGAAUAUGCAGGCAGUUGGUAUUGUUGUUGCAACAAUGGUAUUAAUUUUGGUAUGCUGUGGUGUUUGGGAUCCUCGUAACGCAAAGCAUCACGAUUCGGUUGCCUUAAAGUUUGGCUUUACUGUUGGAGCCUUAGCUGUUGCGGCAGGACCGUACACCGGUGCGAGCAUGAACCCAGCACGUUCGUUAGGACCAGUCCUAUGGAAUGGAGUAUACAAUGCACAUUGGAUCUAUUGGGUUGGUCCGCUUGGCGCUGCUUUUCUGACCGCCUUUGCCUAUAAGGCAGUUUUCCGGCGGGUUCCUAUUGAACAACACAACCACGAACUUGCAGCACUGAAUACAGACAAGUCAAAUGUUUAAUAGCAACAUAAUCUCAGAUCAAAUCCUAUGUACCACCAACGAUCACCUUGCCCACAGCAAAAGUAUCAGUGUGUAUGUACUGCAAUUACUCAUUUAGCAGCCCAUGUGCUGGCUGUACUCAUCUUAAAACUAAAUUGUGCAAGACGUAUGCAUUGUUUAAUAUUAGGAUAUGCUGUCAAAAUAAAUGCUGUUAAAUAAAUAAAUUUCAAUAACGGGAAAUACAUACAUAUUUCAUACGAAAUAAUUGUUAAGAAAUUGUAAAAUUAACAGUGCACCGUUCAUGUGAUAUGAUUGUAUUUCUGAGGAUUAAAACUUACCAAUAAACAUA